CUCAAAAGUACUACCUAGUGUUGGUGGGCCACAAGGAAAAACGCCACGGUGGGCCACAAGUACCCUGCCCUCCCCCUUCCCUUUUCUUUCGUCCUCCCCUGUCGCAGUCUCCAGAGUUCUUCGUCCUCCCAAUCCCGUGCAGCCGGCCUCACCACCGGCGACGGGACGCGGAGACCCGGACCGCCCCUCCUUCCGCACUGGUUCUCCCUUCGUCGCCCCCGCCAAAACCCUCUCCACCAGCCGGGGGGUCAACAGCUGCUCGAGAUCUGGCCGGGUUGCUUAGACUCAUCUCUUCGUUCCUCGGUAUGGACUUCCACACACUAUCGCGGCCUGAGCUUCAGGUGCUGUGCAAGCGCAACAACGUCCGCGCCAACAUGACCAACGCCGCCAUGGCUGAGGCGCUGGAGAGCCUAGAUUUUGUUGAUGGGAUAAACUACGAGAUGGCGCCCAUUCCAAUUCUGGUGCCAGCGUCCACAGUCACAACACGCUUGACUGCAAGGAGGUCCGCGUCGCGUAAGACGGAAAUGGUUAUGUUGAACCCAGUUCCAGCCAUUCUUCAGAGGAGCCAGAGAACAGCAACGCAGAAGGCUUUGGAUCAGAAACCAAAAGAUGACAUCACUGAAGUGAAAGAAAGGGCUGCUUCUAAGAUACCACAAGCUAAGCUGACAGAUGAGACUUGUGAAGACGACGGCCUCGAUGAAGAUGACUCUGCUGAGGAAAUUGGGUCUACUGAUGAGGAGAAUGACACUGUUUUCACCAGUGGCUUACUACAGGAGUUUGACAAGGAGAUGGACACCAGGCCCGACCAGGCAUUUAUAAAGGAGCUGCUCCAGGAUCUUAAAACCAUAAACCUAAAUAUGCUUCGAGCCACGUACAACGAAUUCAAAGACAAAACAAAUCAUCUGAGUACUGCAUAGGUACAGCAACCUAGGGAUGUUGUGUUGGUUCGUGAACAGGGGAACAGCCAAUUGGGGCUUGUAAUAAAUCGUCUUACUUCUGUUUUAGUGGUGAAACGCUAUGCAAUAGUAUCGAAGCAUAAGAAUUCAACCUGUGCUAUUCCGUCACCGGAAAUGAACGCCAGCUUAUAUACCUGUUAUUUUAUACCUCCGUGCUAAAUAGCUUAUUGUAACUGUGCACUGAUACCCAGCUUAACAGUUCAUUUUUCUCCUUAUUUAGAAAGAAGUUGUAUUUGUAGA